UUGCUCCAGAUCAUGAAAUCAUCCGCGUCGUACAUAUCCGUGUUGAGUGCAUUGUAUUAAAGAAGAAAGAAAAGUUGGGUAAGUAAAGUAGUAUAGGUAAAUCCCCUAAAAUAGAGAAUAUUAAUUUGAAUUUAUCUCCAUGGCAAAAAUAUGAAAUAGCAAACGGAUGUUUUCUAAAGAAAGGGACGUCAUGGCUUCUGUGCGACAGAAAGGACCAAAUUCGAUUCCGUUGAGCGGAAUAUUGACGUGUACUUACAUAUUACAGUACAAAAAAAUUGUAGAAAAGCAUGUUGUAUAUUACUGUAUAUGCUGCAGAGGUUUAAUUUUUGAAUAAACUACUACUUAAAGUUUUACUAUAAAAUAAUAUUACUAUAUAUUUACUUAUAAAAUAUUGUCGAGAAUAAUUGAGCUCUCUUUCAUGCGUAUACUGAACAUGAAAAAUGUUCUUCACUUUUCUCUUCGCUUUCACUGUCUGUUCGUAGAUAUCAACAUUUUUUUUUUGACAACGUACAUGACAUUUUUUUUUGUUGGACAUAAUAGAGACGUUUGUAGAAGUGAUUCUCUUUGCAUUUGGAAAUUUUCAUUUCUACAAGCAAUUAUCAAGCAAUAUUGCAUGAGCUACUUUAGAAGAGAGAGUAGAUACAUUUUGUUUUUUAUUCGAUGCACUUAUAAGCUCUCAAGAAAUAAUGGGAUUGAAAUAGUCGGUGUGUAAUUACGAUUGAUCGAGGGAGGACCUGCGCGUUCUAUCGUCUCUCCCUACGAUUAUUCGAAGAGCGACGUUCACAUUGCACGUUUUACUGGACGUACGCCACGGUGCAUUGACAUCUCGAUAGCCAGCGGUUCGUAACGUUCGGAAGUUGCUGCAGAACAAAAUGAAGCGCACAAGCACCAUCAGCCUCCCGGUCGAAAUCGGCCUCCGUUUCAUCGGCAUGUGGCCGGAUUCGGCUUACGCGACUCUCUAUUGGUUAAUUUAUAUGUCGACGAUGGUAAUAGUGCAGUAUUAUCAGUACGCGUAUGUCCUUACGCAUUUUGACCUGAACGAUAUCUCGCUCCUAAUGGACUGUCUCGGUCUUACCCUGGCGUACACUCUCGCCUUUCUCAAGCUUCUUGCCUUAUGGUGGAACCGCCGGAUAUUUUAUUACAUUGUAAAGGCGAUGGAUGAGGAUUGGAAAGAGUGUACCAUCAACGACUCGUAUGAGUCGACGAUGAUGAGCGUGGCGGAUUUGUCGCGUCGUUGCUCCAAUGUGAUGAUCAGUAUCAACGCCUUAGCUGCCUUUUUUCUUUCAAUUGGCGAGCACUUGCUUCAGUCGGUGGACGACGCUAGUAGAGUUGACAAUAAUCCUCGAGAACUCCCUAUAAAGAUGGAAUUUCCUUUUGAUGUUAGCAAAUCUCCAAUUUUCGAGUGCUUUUUAAUUGGACAAUUCCUUUAUGAAUUAGUAUUGGCUUCUAUAGUUGGUAUGAUGAAUGCGUUACUCGUUUCAUUGAUACUUCAUGUAAGUGGUCAGAUCGACAUCAUGCGACAAGACAUAAAUGAAAUUUCUCAUGGUAAAUACAAUCCCAGUGCAUCCUUAGUUGUUAUCAAAAGCCUUAUUUGCAAGCACCAGAAGAUUAUUAGUUUAUCUGAACACAUCGAAAGUUUAUAUACUUAUAUCGCGUUAAUGCAACUUCUAUGGAAUACUUUGGUCAUCUGCUGCACUGGUUUUGUGAUUAUAAUCACCAUUCGUACCAGUGAUAGUGGGACAACUUCGAUCAAAUCUGUAAGUUUUUAUGUUGCAAUCACUCUAGAAGUUUUCAUACUCUGCUUUGCCGGAGAAUUUUUGAGCGCCAAGGUAAAGAAUUUUAUAUAUUAAUCAUAAAUAUCUUUUUUAUUAUAUUUUUAAUGGAGAAGUUAUUUUUUAUUAAAAAAAUGUAUAUGUAAUUUUGAUCGAUAAAAAAUAUUUCUGAGUUAGUCGAUUGUUCGUCUAUUGUGAUUUGAAUUGAAAUUACUUUAUUUUUAGAGUAGGU